AUUUUAAUUGGUCCAACAGACCAGCAAUUGAGCUCAGACUUCCGCCCUUCCAUUCAUCCCAUUUUUUGUUUCACCUCUUUUCAACUGCCAAAUCACCGUCCAUGGCCCUGGAACUCAGAUUCCCGUCGUCAGAGCUUUCUUUAUUUUCCCGGAGGUGUUUCGCUCCGAUCAAUCACCGCCAAAAUGUCAGAUUGCCCUUCACCUGUCCAAGGAAAACCACCCCAGAGUCACCGAUGAGUUGGGGUUCUGGUCACCGCCUUGUUGUUACAGCGAAGAAAUCCCCGAUCGAUGGCGUUCCGGCGGAGCUUAACAAAAUCGCCUCUCAGAAAUUGGACUCUGCUCCGGCCCGCCGCCGGGUCCGGUCCGCUUUCAUGGAGCUUCAACAGCAGCUCGAUCACUGCUUAUUCAAGAUGGCUCCUGCUGGGAUCAGAACUGAAGAGUGGUAUGAAUGUAAUUCAAGAGGCUUGAAUAUUUUCUGCAAAAGAUGGUUUCCUGAGAGUGAUGUUGGUAUUAAAGGUGCUGUGUGUUUCUGCCAUGGCUAUGGUGAUACCUGCACGUUCUUCUUUGAUGGAAUUGCUAGGCACAUUGCUGCAUCUGGGUAUGCCGUUUAUGCGAUGGACUACCCAGGUUUCGGUCUUUCGGAAGGAUUGCACGGUUACAUUCCCAGCUUUGAUGAACUAGUUGAUGAUGUUAUAGAACAGUACAAGAAGUUCAAAGGUAGACCAGAAUUGAAUGGAUUGCCUCAUUUCAUAUUAGGACAGUCCAUGGGGGGAGCUGUUACCUUGAAAAUUCACUUGAAGGAACCAAAGCUAUGGGAUGGAGUGGUUCUUGUGGCUCCCAUGUGUAAAAUUGCAGACGAUGUCAAACCGCCUGAACCUGUGCUUAAGCUCUUAAAACUAAUGUCUCAUGUCGUGCCAAAAGCCAAGCUUCUCCCAAAUGUCGAUCUCGGAGAACUCGCUAUCCGAGAAACAAACAAAAGGAAACUGGCGGUGUACAAUGUUACAUCAUAUGGUGAUCGGAUGCGCGUGAAAACCGCCAUGGAACUUUUAAAGGCGACGGAUGAUAUCGAGAAACAAGUGGAGAAGGUUUCAUCACCAUUACUGGUUCUUCAUGGAGCUGCAGACAAGGUGACAGAUCCUAAGAUUAGUCGUUUUCUAUAUGAGAAAGCGUCAAGCAAGGACAAGACUUUGAAGCUGUAUGAAGAAGGUUUUCAUUGCAUCCUAGAAGGAGAACCAGAUGAAAGAAUUUUUACUGUCCUUAACGAUAUAAUCUCUUGGCUAGAUUCCCGAUGCUCCUCGACGUAGUGCUCGGCUAUCUGUUCAAUGUUUAUAUUUGAAGAAUUAUAAAAUUGCGUUUUCUUUUGUUGAAGCAUAAACUUUGGUUAAAUCAUACCCAAUAUGAAACUUUAGAUUAGGUUUCCAU